GGUACAUUUGUCACGGAAAUAAAAUGAAAUCCAUCGUUCUAAUUUGUUUACUUUUUGCGGCCAUCAAAGCCUCACAUUCGGCUAGCUCAACCUGGGGUGUACGUAAUGUUACCGAUACUCUAUUUCUCAAUGAAAAUGCGUUUUACCCAGCUAAACCGAGGCAAGCUCAGAUCGUUUACUACGAUAUAUACCAAAACAAUAACAGAGUAAUAAGCGCCAUUUACCUUCAAGAUCAAUUUAAAAACAGUACGGGCCCAACAAAUACCUUGGUUUCGGGAGGCCCGGGUUACACCUAUGCAUCUGUACAAAUGACAACAUCUACCAGCAUUGGCCUAAAUGUAACUUUUGUUGUUUAUGUCAAAUAA